CGCCAGGCAGACCCCGAGGCUAGUAAGUCAGUGAGCGGAGGGGAGGUGGUGUGUCGGAGUGAGUGAGGGAGCGGCGGACUCCGGAGCGGCGGCGCCGCUGGGCGGGAGGGGUAUUUAAGGUUGAAGGUUUCAGAUCAGAUGUGGAAAGAUGUUGGCUGUGGACACAGGAGUUGUGGAGGAGUGGUUAUCAGAGUUCAAGACCCUUCCAGAAGCUUCUAUCUCUAACUAUGCUACAAAUUUGAAAGACAAGAGUUCUCUGGUUUCAUCUUUAUACAAAGUUAUCCGGGAGCCACAGAGUGAGCUACUAGAGCCAGUUUGCCACCAGCUUUUUGAGUUCUAUCGCAGUGGAGAAGAACGACUACUACGAUUCACCCUGCAGUUUCUGCCAGAAUUGAUGUGGUGUUACCUGGCAGUCUCAGCCAGCAGAGAUCUGCAGAGCAGUGGCUGCAUAGAGGCUCUUCUCCUAGGAGUUUACAACUUGGAAAUAGUUGACAAACAGGGGCAUAGUAAAGUGCUGAGUUUCACAAUUCCAUCCUUGUCCAAACCUUCAGUGUAUCAUGAACCUUCCAGCAUUGGUUCCAUGGCUCUUACAGAGGGAGCUUUAUCCCAGCAUGGUUUGUCCAGAGUCGUGUACAGUGGACCUCAUCCUCAAAGAGAGAUGUUAACAGCACAAAACAGGUUUGAAGUGCUCACAUUCCUCCUGCUGUGUUAUAAUGCUGCCUUAAGCUACAUGCCUGCAGUUUCUCUUCAAUCAUUGUGUCAAAUUUGCUCAAGAAUCUGUGUCUGUGGAUAUCCUCGGCAACAAGUAAGAAAAUACAAAGGAGUAAAUAGCAGGAUUCCAGUUUCUUCUGAAUUCAUGGUGCAAAUGCUAACUGGGAUUUACUAUGCCUUUUAUAAUGGAGAAUGGGAUCUAGCUCGUAAAGCAAUGGAUGACAUUUUAUAUAGAGCUCAGCUGGAGUUGUAUCCAGAACCACUGCUGGUUGCUAAUGCAAUAAAGGCCUCACUGCCUCAAGGUGCCAUGAAAUCUAGUAAAGAAGGUACAAGAUGCAUUCAGGUUGAAAUUACCCCCACUUCAUCUAGAAUAUCAAGAAAUGCUGUGACUAGUAUGUCCAUCAGAGGGCAUAGGUGGAAGAGACAUGAUAAUACUGAUGUAGCAAUUCCAGAAGAACUGAUAGAAGUAUCUGAGGUUGAUGAAGGGUUUUACUCUAGAGCUACUUCUAGCACAAGCCAAUCUGCCUUAUCAAACAGCAACAACACCAGCAACAAGAUCCUUUUAGGGAAGAGCCAACGAAGGUCUGGAGGAAGCAAAGUUGGGGGGAAAGAAAGAGAAGCUUCUGGGGAAUCCUGCAAAGAAGACUUUUCUCGAAAACAAACUCAAAGAGCCAUGAGUGAGAAUUUAGAUCUUCUAUCUUUAAAGAGACUGACAUUAACUACUAGUCAAUCCCUGCCUAAGCCUGGCAGUCAUAGUUUGGCUAGAACUACCACUACUGCUUUUAGUAAAUCAUUUGAGCAGGUCAGCGGUAUCACAGUUCCAAAUAACCGUAGUGGUGGAAAUGGUACUGAAGCAAAUAGGUUUUCAGCAUGUAGUCUUCAAGAGGAAAAAUUGAUAUCUGGAGCAGAAAGAAUAGAUCUUCCCAUUUCAAACAAACAAUCAAAUCAGCAGCGACCUCCUAGCAUCAGCAUAACACUGUCAACAGACUGAUGUCUGACAAAUUGCCUAGUAUGAAAAAGGAAUCUGGAGAUUCUGUUGAUAGUGUGCUCCCCAUCUUCCCUUUUUAAAAUCUAACCCUCCAAAUUCUUGAUACCGUUGGAGUUUGGCUUGCAUUUGACAGUGUGUUUAGAUUACAAUUUUUAACUAUUUUGCAUUGUUUCAACUGUUAUUAAUAGCCUAGAGGGUUUUUUUUUCCUUAAGUGGUUUGAUUUUACACUUACACUUCCUAUUAUUUACAUCCCCCUAUUGUUAACAAACAUUGGCAGGCUCUGUUUAGCCAUGCUGGCAGAGUGUGUAUGUGUGUUGUAAAUUAUAGACUGCAGAGCAAAGGGAUCCUCUUUCUCAGGAUGUAGCUGUUCA